UGCAGACUGUGUCGGGACUGCUCUUGUUGGGCAAUGUUGAGUUUGGGAGUGAGAGGAAUGGGGAACAGGCCACUAUUCCAGAUAAUUCGGUAGCCCAAAAAGUGUGUCGAUUGCUUGGAUUGCAAGUGGGAGAUUUUUCUUGUGCAUUUCUUCGGCCACGAAUCAAAGUCGGAAGAGACUAUGUAAACAAAUCACAAACAAAAGAGCAGGUGUGUUGGUGUAAUGACUGUAGGCUGAGUUUAUGGUGGAAGGCAUUUCUAAGGCCACGUAUGAAAAGUUGUUCAACCACAUUGUACUGUGUCUCAACAGAGUGCUCAACAAGCACAAGCGACAGAACCACCAGUUCAUUGGGAUUCUCGAUAUUGCCGGUUUUGAGAUAUUCAAGGUCAACUCCUUUGAGCAGCUCUGCAUUAAUUACACCAAUGAGAAGCUCCAGCAACUCUUUAACCACCGAAUGUUCAUAAUCGAGCAGGAGGAGUAUAAGCGGGAAGGAAUUGAAUGGGAUUUUAUUGACUUUGGCCUCGAUCUGCAACCCACCAUCGACCUUAUUGAGAAACCAAUAGGAAUCAUGGGCCUAUUGGACGAGGAGUGUCUAUUCCCUAAGGCCACGUACAAAACUCUAGUCCAUAAAAUCACCUCCAACGUCUCUUCCCACCCAAACUUUUGUAAACCCGACAAACUUCGUAAUCAGUGCGACUUUGCUAUCAUUCACUACGCUGGGCGAGUGGAUUAUUCGGCUGAAAAUUGGCUGAUGUGCAAUAUGGAUCCACUCAGUGACUCGGCUGUAUCCCUCAUGCAGAAUUCGACCAUGCCCUUCAUUCGGGAGAUAUGGAAGGAUGCGGAAUAUGUUGAUGUGAGUCAGGAGACAUCCUUGGCACGUAGGAAGAAAGGAAUGUUCAGGACGGUCUGCCAACUCUACAAAAUACAAUUGGCAGAAUUAAUGGACAAUCUGAGUAAUACUACUGCACACUUUAUUCGCUGCAUCAUCCCAAACCUGGAAAAGAAAGUAUGUGUUUAAUCCUGACAUUAGCCUGGGAAACUGGAUGCUCAGUUGGUGUUGGAUCAACUUCGAUGUAAUGGAGUUUUGGAAGGAAUAAGGAUAUGUCGCCAGGGAUUCCCGAACAAAGUCACAUACGAGGACUUUAGGCAGAGAUAUUCAGUUCUCGUUCAGACUAAUAUGCUCAAUGACUUUAUGGACAGUCGGAAGGCUGUAGAG